AUGCUGUCUGUCGCGGUUUCCGCAAGGAGCUUUUCAUCUCUCGCACGCCCAUGUCGUCGCGCCCAGCCCCUCACGCGCCGAUGUAGUGUCCCCACCGCUCUCCCUAGUAGUACUACCGCUUCCGCGCCUUCGUCCGCUUCCGCGUCCGCUUAUUCCGCUUCUUCCGCUUCUUCCGCCUCCGCCGCCGCUUCUCGCUUCGCCGCCCGUUUGUCCUCAUUCUCCUCCGCGCAUAUCCCGUCGUUCCAAACUCCCGUACAACCAUCGCUGCAAGCGGAGAAAACAUCCUCGUUGGUAACAGUCAUGAGCCACCAGCAGCAUCGCCGGCAACAUCACAGCGGCCGGCAAGACGAAAAAAGCGGGCGUCAGAUCCACCAGGAAAACUCCCAGCAGCAAGCAGAAAGCGCACGCGCGGCCGCCUUCCCGGUUUCUAUAGCUGACGGUCGCCGGUUCCACAACCUGCUAGCCGACUAUGACCCCUCCCAGGCUGCUGUAGCGCAAGUGGAACGAAGGGCUCGGGAGUUAGGGGUCCCUGCAGGCGGAGUGACUGUAACGGGGGAAGGCGGAGUGAAUGUAACGGGGAAAACAGGAGUGACUGUGACAGGGAAAGGGCGGGGAGAAGAGAGCAGGGUGGGUUCGUCGCUGCCAGGUGUCGGGCCGUCAUUGGCUGUUCCGUCUGAGGAGGAGUUUCUGCGAGCGGGUUUGGAGCUGAAAGAUCAGAUAGUGCAAGCCACAUGGACGAACGGAGCGCCAGCUCGCAGGGUGCGGGACCCGUUCCUCUAUGUGGGCCUGCUGGGGACAGCGUGGGUGUGCUUCAGAGCAUAUCAGGCCACAGGCGAUGUUUCUGACCUGGCACUUGCUGCGGACAUCAUCCGGGCUGCUGCUGACAUGGCGGAACGCCAUCGAACGCAUUACACCUUCUACUGUGGAAUCUUCUUCCUUUCUCUCGCCCGCCCCAUUGCUGCUGCCAUUGUGGAAGCGGGGCUGUCCCUUGCGUCGACGUAUGCUCAUGAUGGAAGUCCCCUCCCGCCUCUCAUGUACGAGUGGUACGGCACUCGGUACCUGGGGGCAGCACACGGCGUGGCAGGGAUAGUACACGUGCUGCUGCUGCUACGGAGAGAAGAACUGGAGGAGGAGGCGGAACUGGAGGAAGUGGGGAAGGAGAGGGGUGCAACAGCAGGCGUCAGGGAAGCAGCAGUGCUAGGAGGCAGUGCGAGGGAAAGGGGAGACAGGACACUGGAGGAGGCAGCAGAAGCAGCAGCAGCAGCGCUGGAAUACCUAGUGGCCACUCGCCUGCCUUCCGGGAACUAUGCUGCGAGCGAUGAGGAGAGCCGAGCGGCUGCUGCUGCAGUCAGAAACACACUCAAACGAGAAAGCAGUGCUGCUGCUGCUGCUGCUAGGGGUAUCGCGGGUGGGGGUGGAAGCACGGGCGAGGGAGAGGUGAGGGAGGUGCAAGAGGCAGAUCGGUUGGUGCACUGGUGCCACGGAACCCCUGGUGUGGCUCCCGCUCUCGCCCAUGCUGCUAUGGUGAGCCCCUUAGCUCAUGCUUCUGAAGUGAUUAGACCUCGAUCUGUUGGCACUCAGUCCGUUCUUUUGGCCAUAAACCGCUCAAUUCCAGUGCUCAUCCUUUCCUCUGCCCUUAAUGCCCUCUCCUCCUUGCACCAGCUGUUUCCGUCCAAGCCCCAGUUGCUGCAAGCAGCCAUCGAGGCAGGAGAGGUUGUUUGGCACCGAGGCUUGCUACGCAGGGUCGGUCUCUGCCAUGGCAUCAGCGGCAACGCCUACACUUUCCUGGCUCUCCACCGAGCCACAACUGCAGGCUCGGCAACCGUCCCUGCCCCAGGUUUGGGAUCAGCUGCUGCCGAGGGCGCUGGAGCUUCUAUGGCUGCCACUUCAGCAUCGCCCGGAGCUCAGACAGCAGGAGACAAUGACACAUCAGCACUGAUGACACGUCACCUGCACAGAGCACGCGCAUUUGCUGGCUUCCUGCAUGCCAACUGGCGCCAGCUGGCGGAGGCAGGCACCCUGCACUGCGGGGAUCACCCGUUCUCCCUCAUGGAAGGUCUGGGCGGCCCUGCUUGUCUGUUUCUGGACAUGAGCCGGCCCAAUGAAGCAAGGUUUCCAGGGUACGAGCUGUAG